GCAAACAUGCAUGCCCGCGCGCGCACGUACAUGCGCGCGUAGACACACAGCGCACACGCACUCACACACACACACACACACACAGUUUGUUCAUCCACGGGCAGCAUGCCGGAUAGAAAGCAUAUUUUGCGGUCGGGGGGUCGGAGGUGGAUGUGAGCGCAGCGGCGGCGGUGUGGUCGCGGCCGGACAGACCGACCUGUGCCUGGCUCUACCCGGAACCAUUAUGCAGACAGGAAACUACCAUUUUAACGCUAGCAGCAUCGGAGGAGCCGUCGACUACACGGGGGGACACCUAAAACUGACAAGGGCGGAAAACAGCCAGCCGCGGAGAAAAGAAGGGAAAACACGACGGAAAGAAAACAAAGGCGCCGUGCGGGUGAAGACGGGCAGCGGGCCGCUCGAGCUGUAGGACGGAGGCGGCAGACAAUGGACGUAUCGGAGCGGGCCAGCGGAAAUAGUUUUUGUUAGCGAGUGAAAAGCAGCAGCAGCAGCAGCAGCAGCCCUCCCGGGCCGAUGGACGGCCAGGCCUUUCACAGUGUUUUUCCAUGGAUGAAGAAAAAGGCCCCGCUGACAGGCAGUAGGGACCCCGCUCUCACGGCGCAUCCCCAGCUCCAUGGUUUCUCACUUUUACUUCCAUGUUUGUGAGCUUUUUUUCGCAGCCGGUCAUCGAAGGCAACAAGGCUGCCGACCUGAGGUUACCGGUUGUCGGCGGAGAAAGCGAACAGUGUCCCCCACCGCAGCCGCGGUCCCGCUGGGGGCUCCGUACCUGUGGAUUAGCCGGCUGUCCGAAGAAACUCCAUGAAGGGACGGGAGGGCAGUGAAGCAGUGGCUCAUCCUCCACCUAUGUAACGGACACACUCCACUUCAUGGGACUCGCUGACCUUGUUUCGGAAAUCAGCACACGGUUAUGGAACACUUGAAAGAAACACUACAGACUGUUUUUUUUAGUAUAGUUUAGUUUAUUGCCUAUUUAUGACCUUUUUUUGUAACGUCCCACAGAAGCACUUGAAAGGCUUCACUCUCAAAUGAAGAGUAAACGCAUUAGUGAAUCAUUUAUGUGACAAAAACAAGCAUCGGCUUUCGGUGGAUUAAAAGUGGCUUGUUGGAAGUUUGAGGGAGUCACACCUGGACUACCUCUAAAAAUCACACCUUGCCACGUUGGCAAGGAUCGACUGCUGUUUUCAGCAGUGAAAGACUUUGUGUACGUGGCUUUGCUGCACCUUGCUAUAUCUGAAGAUGUUUCAGUUCAGCAAGUACCCGAUGGACAUUCUGGAAAUGCUAAGUGGACACCAAGCCCACCAGUUCAAAGGGCUCGGAUUGGAACGACAACUGAGCCACCAGCAGCAGGUCCAGCUGCAACAUCAGCAGCAGCUCCAACAGCAGCACCAGCCCUCCGCGGACACCUCUGGAAGCCUCCUGUCCGGCCUCGGACUGGGAUCCCUCCAGAGUUCUCGGAGUAAUGCCUUUGCUGACUCCUCCUCAUUAUUCGCCAAAAUGAGCGCCCCUCCCCCGCCCAUCUCCCACCAGAGCCAGUCGUCCUCUUCGUCCCACAGCUCCAGAAAGUCCAGUAAGAUGAGCAGCAGCAGUAGCAGCAGUGGGAGUGGCAGCUCCUCGUCGGGUUAUCCCCAGUUCCUGCGGCCUUUUCACCCGGCCGAGGCAGCGCUGGCCCAGGAGCAGCUUCACUCCGGGAUGGGACGUUUUGACUUUGGUGGGAGCAGCAGUGGGGGAAGUGCUGGGGUCAUUGGAGGGGUCGUCACACCUGCGCCUCCGCCUCCCCCGCUGCACCCAGGUCUGUCUGUCCCCCAGCCUUCCCCCGGUCCCCCCACUUCCUCACCCUCUCCUUCCACGUCUUCAGCCUCCAACAACCCCUCUGGCAGCACUGCAGUCCCCUUAGUCGGCCAGUCUGACCCCCGCAGCCUCCACCAGCAGUUCAGCUGCAUGCUUGCGGCUAACCAGUACUUCCUGUCCGGCGUCCCCACCAACAGCAGCCUGGAGCAGUUCCUCGUCCAGCAAGGCACUCACAACCACUUGGGUUUGGGUCUGAGCCAAGGGGCCACGGAUUCAAACUCGGCAUUAGCCCCUCCUCCGGCCCUCCACUCCUCCCACAGCCACAGCCACUCAGCUCCACAGCCUCAGCAGCAACAACAACAGCUGACCCCUCAUGCCUUAUCUCAUCCACACAGCCACACUCACCACCCGCACCCUCUCCACCCGGCCCCCCAGCCUGCCCCGCUGGGUGGCUUUGAUUUCCAAGGCAUUCCAGUCCUUUCCUCUAACCAAAUAGCAUCACUAAUGCAGCAAGAGGCCGGCCUUCCCCUCCCCCUGCCCCUGCACCUGUCGCUCUCUAAAGACGAUGCAAAGGCGGGAGACAGCUCGUCUACAUCCACGUCAAGUGGAGGGAGCAGGAGGAAAAAAGCAAUGGCGGGCUACCUGCCGCAGAGGAAAGCGGACAGUAGUAGCCACAGUCACAGCCAUAGCAGCAGCAGUGUUAGUAACUGCCACAACAGCAGCUCGAGUGGGCACAGUCAAAGCUCCUCGUCAGGCCUCGUGGGAGGAGGAUCUGGGAUAAGUGGCAUCGGAAGUGAGCCACAGCAUUCUUCUCUCCUCUCAUCAUCAUCGCAGUCAUCCUCCACUGUCUCCUCCUCUUCGUCUGCCCCUCCCUCCUCCAACUCCACCUCUGUGCUUGUAGCCAACGGUAGCCAACAGUUGUCAAAAUCCCGAGAAAGCCACAAUAAUAGUUCAUCUGGCCAGCCCGAACCAGAACCUCUUUACCACUGUGGUGAAUGUGGUAAAACCUUCACCCACCUCUCCAGCCUUCGAAGGCAUCUCCGCAGCCACGGCCUGACACCAGAAAGCCAAAGCAGGAAGUCGGACUGUAACUCCCCCAGCCCAGAGAGGAUAUUCUGCUGUGGUGAGUGUGGGAAGAGAUUUAAAAAGAGGGGUCAUCUCAUCCAACACAGUGUCACCCACUCAGAAAACCGGCCUUUUGUCUGCAACAUCUGCCAAAAGUCCUUCAACCGUCGAGAGUCACUUACAAGACACGAGAAGAUUCACGACGAGAAGCCUUUUCGAUGCCCGGCCUGCGGGCGUUGCUUCCGCGAGAGCACCUCUCUCCUCAAUCACGCUGCUUCGGGUGCCUGCGGCAAACCUCCUCGGAGUUCAAAAAACCGAACUGGCACUGGAAGAAGUGCCUCAUCCAACCCCAGCAGCAGUAAAAUGGAAGGCGGUGGAGACAGGGUAGGAAUUUCAAAUGAUGCGGCUCCAAUGGCAAAUGACAAGUAUGCAACAGAUUAUUCUAGAAAUCGCUACCAGAACCAGUCGUCCUACAACAGCGUGGUUGACGACUACAGACGAUCACAAUCACAAUCGUCCCUGUACCCCUCAGACAGUACGCUAGCCAGUGACAUGAACAACCAAACUCUACGUAAGGCCCCUUUAGCCCCAACUCUGCACCCCCAUCCUCAGAGCCAGCAACAUCACCACCACCAUCCGCCACAGCAACAACAGCCCCACCUCCCCCUCUCCUCCCUAUUGGAUGAUUCGGAGGAUGAGGUCACCAGCAGUGCGAUGUCGGCCAUCGCUGCUGCAGCCGCAGCCUCCUGUGACAUCAACACAGAAAGCCGGGAAGGAGAGAGGAGGGAUAUCAUCGGAGGCCUAUUGGGGGGGUUGGGGUUUAACAUGGGUGGACCGUCAUCGACAUCGGGCCUCAACGGUUCCACCAUGCCUUUAACCCACCACAGUCAGCCCCACACGAAGCCCAGGAGGCCGAGGAAGCCCAGAGAGAAAAGGGACCCCAGCAGCAUCGUCCGGAGAAGAAGGAGCCCUGCUCCGCCGGGGGACGGUUCAGAACGACCGUACUGCUGUCAGAUCUGUGGCAAACGCUUCAGGAGGGCCGAGACCCUGCGGCGCCACAACCGCGUCCACACAGGGGAGAAGCCCCACGCCUGUGAUGUUUGUGGCAAAAUGUUCCGUGAGCCUUUCCACCUCACCAAGCACCUCACUGUGCACUCUGGUCAAAAAAACUACAAAUGCAACCUGUGUGGGAAGAUGUUCGCCUAUGCACAGAGUCUGGUGAGACACGGGAAGUUGCAUAGAAGAGGAGAGAUCGAUAACCAGGGGAGGAGAGUCAAAGGUGCUGCUGCUGCUGCCAUCAGUCAAGUCGCCAGCUCGGGGACCUCUGACUACUUCUCAUCCUGCUCCCAAGGAGAGAAGUCUCCAACACAUGGCACCCCGUCUCAGAGGCUUUAUACCUGCACCGUGUGCUGGAAAUCCUUCCGCCACUACUUCCACCUGACGGCUCAUCAACAGACUGUCCAUGGUGGCGGUGUCGGGCUGGAAAAGUCCUUUCGUUGUGAAGUCUGCGGCAAAGCUUUCGCCUACUCCAACAGCCUAGUACGCCACAAGUUGUCUCAGCACGGCCUCGACCGAAACGGCCAGCGUGUCAACCAGUCCCAACCCACCGGGUACUCGCCGCUCUUCUAUGAUUCUGGAUCAGGUCCCACCUAUGCAGGGUCAUCCCACAUGCAUCAAGGGGCCUCUGGGCAGCAGCAACAGCCACAACCACCUCAACAACAGCAGCAAGCACCACCACCACCACCUCCACCGCAGCAGCAUCACCAGCAGCUGCAACACCCUUUUCAGUACCGCUCAAAAAACUUCCAAAAAAGGCAUGGGCAAACAAGAAAGCACCGAAAAAAAAAAAGGCGGGUGGUGAUCCACAGCAUCAUGAGAGACGGAAAACUGGUGGGUGUCCCCCUGAGUAAAGACACCCGCAGGAAGCUGCUGAUGCUGAGGAAGAGGAGAGGCAAACUGCAAGCACAGCUCAACAAAAAAAAAAUGCUGGCCCAGCUGAGGGUCAAGAGUGGCGUGAUGAAGGUGAAGUCGUGGUCUGGGGGUGCGGUCAGAGUCACCGGGCUCACCUCAAUGGACAUCCCCAUCAAGAGAUUCCCCUGCCCCAUCUGCCCCAGCACCACAUACGCCAAGCAGGGUUCUCUGCUGGUCCACUACGCCACCAGGCACCCGCCAAGAAACUCAGGCCACCAUGCCCGUCUGCGGUGCCAGGUGUGUGGGAGACGCACCAGCUCAUUACACAAAGCCUUGAAACACAGGGGCCGGCAUCUAAAACAAGCUGCAUUCCAGUGCUGCAAAUGCCGACACCGCUUCUGGAACCCGGUGCUUCUGGCCCGCCACAAGUUCUGCUGCCGGGGGCCCAUCAUCGGCAGCGGGGGCGGCGGCGCCUGGGAACUGAUGAAGCUGCCACGCGACCACUCAGAUAGUGACCGCUCACCAGUUCAGCUAACGGUCCCAGUUUUGGUCCAGCCUGAGAGAUCAACAGUUCUGACUGAGUACAGUCAGUAAAAAAAACAAAACAAAACAAAAAAAAAACAGUUUUCUAGACUAGAAUGUUUUUAUGUUUAUUUUUUUUAAAUAAUCCAAGAAGCAAGCAAGCGCUAGCAAGUUUUUAACCGACCAGACGGGAGGAUGGGGGAGGGUUAGUGUAACUACUGUAAUAUCCCCACACCCCUCCCAGUCCUAACGUACUUCAGCAAAGGUGGUUGAUAAAUUAACGUGGACUUCAAAAGGCCCAAAAUCAGAACCACCCUCAAUAUCUGCCCCCCUUCUCUUCACCUCAGGUGGAGGAAGUUUAGACCACGUGACGAUUUUAGUAGCACCUGUUUGACAAAUGCAUUAAUCCAGCGUCCUCUCCAUCAUCCUUUUUUUUAUUUUUAAUCUUCCCUCUAGCAGUGUUUGCGCAUAAAUAUGGAUUGGAUGCCUAUUGUAGAAGUGAGGUACCUUUUUAGUACCAAUUUAUUUUUUCAAAUUGUUUUCACAUUAUUCACAGUUAAACAGUAUAGUCCGUGUCUCUUGCUCUGUAUGUGUUUAUUUGUUACCCCCCCACAGUGGAGAAUCUCUCACCUUUUUUAUAAAGAGAUCUGCCCUCAAGAUAAAUUAAUCUUUUAAAGAAAAAAAAAAGAAAAAUCCUUGUUAAAUUGUUCAGAGGGUCUCUCUGUCACAGAAAGGCAAUACUAGUUGAUGUGCUAAAGUGACUGAAUGAGGAGGAAAAAAAAGGAGUUGGGACAAAACAGAAAAAGUGUUGUUGACCUUGUUUUUAAUGUACACUACUUUUUGUCAUUGUUAUAAAAGAGGCGUGGACGGAGAGAGAAGACACGACUCAAACUGUUAAUGUGUUCAGGAUUUGAAAAGGACAACAGAAAUAACCGGAGUGUACUGUACAAUUGGUAUUAUAUUUUAUUAUAUAUUGAUUAUUUGCUGUUUUUUACUCCAAGUAUCAUUUCUUUUAUCAUUGUUGGUAUUGUACGGGUGGGAGGGAUAUCGAGUCGGGGACUAUCUUUGUAAAACAGCGGGAUGAGUAUAUGUAUCGAUGUGAUAUUUUUUUCCCCUUCCUGUACCUCUUUUACCCCCACUCCCUAAAAGCCACAGUUAUGCCCCAAUUUUUGUAACAAAAGCGUGUACACAUAGUUCAUUACUUAGGUUCUGUCCAGACGUGUUUUUUCUUUUUUUUUUUCCUGUAAAACUAAAACAUGUAAUAUUAUUACUAAAUUACUAUCCUUUUCUUUGCCUAAAAAGUGAGUUGUUGAAAACCCUCAAAUCAAUAAAAAAAAAAAAAGAAAAUCUGAAAUGUUACGUCCACUUGUCGGUUUAUGUGAAAAUGCUGAUGAACUUCCACACUAAGAAAUAACAAUUAUGUUUGUACUCUAAGUAUGAAAUGUAGGUAAUAAAAACACUGAGGUUUUUAUUUA